GGGUGGGGAUGGUCUUAAAAAUAUCCUAUCCACUUCCAGCCUUUGUAAAGAGUCGGUAUUGGGAAACCUCGGAAACCUAACCUAACUGGUUAGUCAGGAAGCAGCCGUGCACCGCGGGUGGCUGAGCCUUCUCCCUUCACACUGUGCUGUCUAACAGAGACGCACCCUAGGAGGGCAUCCUGUCUCCAUAGCAACCGGUGGCCCAGGCGCGGAGGCCAGACCGACGGGGCGGGGCCAGGCGGCGAGGGCGGAGCUGAGUCUGUCCCAGGCCGAGAGCCGGCAGCCCCGAAUCACCUGUGCACUCCGCGAACUAAGUUUGGACCGCUGGCUGGCGGAGAGUUUGAGCGCCGGGUAGCGGGAGCUUCUAACCGGAAUGGAGGAAGGAGACUUCUCAGGUUCCUCCGUGCGAUCCGAGGUGACGGAUGGGCAGAACACCACGAGCACGACAAAAACACUCACAACCUCUGAACACCAACCGAAGCCCCUUGUGCUCAGGCUCCUGGAGGUGCAGAAUGGUGAGGAGGCCGAAGUGGAUGGGGAGGAAAGACAAGAGGAGGAGAGCGAAGUGUCCGAGACCCACAAAUCCCAUGAGGCCUCCGCAUCCUUCAGGUCCCACAUCUCCAACGAUCCCCGCAAGGCCAGUGAUUCCCUCCAGUCCCGCAAGGCCAGCGAUCCUCCCCAGUCCCGCAAGGCCAGUGAUUCCCUCCAGCCUCGCAAGGGCAGUGAUUCCCCGGAGUCCUGCAAGGCCAGUGAUUCCCUCCAGUCUCUCCGGGGCAAUGAUCCCCCACAGUCAUUGAACCAGGAGGAUGGAAAAGAUGGCUUGUUUCCCAACGCAGUGAUUACGACCUCCCCAUCUUUGAUGGCCAGAUUCCUACCGCGGCUCCAGCUGGCUUCCCUGAGAGCACAUCCUGUUACUCGUGACCUUGUAAAGAAAUGUUUUUAUUCUAGGAAAAGAGUUCAAGAGCUUUCUAGACCAAAAAAGCAAUGGGGAACUCCAGAUAGGAAGCUAUUUUGGGGAAAUCAAGAUCCCAUUCGCCCUGUUUCUGAGGCUGCUUUGAAAGCUACGCUGACCAAGAGAAUUGAGGACCUUGCUCAGCCCAGGCUGGUCUCCCGGCAUUAUGUCCCUAACAGAGCUCAAUAUUACUACAGCUGCGGAAGAGAGUCUGUUAUCUGGGAGAUCUCUCCUCCUGCGCUGUUUACCCGGCCUUCCAAACGGAUCCAGAAUCUAGCCAAGCCCAACAGAUUCAAAAUACAGAGCGUGAUAAAGAGAGACAACUUACCAGGCACUGUUCGCUUCUCUGAUCCUUCUCCCCGGAUUCUGCGACUCUCCAUAGCCAAAGGCACAGAUCCCAAGUACAUUCCUCCAAAGAAUAUUGAAACCAAGAUUUCCUUCUCUACCCUGACUGCUGUUGCAACCCCAAGGAUUGUAGACCUUGCCCACCCAAGGAUUAAGAUAGAGGGUCUAUGCUAUGAAAGAGAAAGGAGCGAAUUGCCCAUCCGUCCUGUAGCCCCUGCUGCCCUACUUGCCAAUCCUAGUGAAAGAACGAUAUUUCUAGCAAAGUCCAAACGUGUUCAUGAAGAUUACCUGCCUGUCCGAGAUGCUCAAUGGCCUGUAUCUUAUGCUGCGACUCAUUCUCAAGUGUCCGAGAGAAUCCAGGAGCUAGCCCAUCCACCCACAAGGAGUCCAGCGAACCUUGUAUUUUACGACCCGGACGUCUUUAAAGUCAAGCCUUCUGCUUUGAAAGCAUACUGUUCCCCCAGGGUCAAGGAGCUGGCGGAACCCAUUGUGCGUUAACUACGGCAAGCCAUCCAAGGCAGACACAAGUUAGGCAGAUGACUUUGUUUCUAGCCUUGGUGUGUACAUCUUACUGAUCACCUCCCAGACUUGAGACUUCCAGGAAACACCGCUGUGAGCGUCAGAUGGCACUGUGUGCGAUCUUGUCUCUGAGAAGUUUGGGGAGCUCACCCAGCAAUAAAAGAAAAAGCAGUGCCUGCCUCAUUAUCCCUCCUCA